AUGUCAGAGUUAAUAUUGAAUAAAGAAAAAGAAAAAUGUUUUGAAAAUCUUGAAGAGCUUAAAGACACGAUUAAUGAAAACGCAACAACCUCACAAGCAUAUAAUGAUGUUGAUGUUGAUGAAUCAGCCCCACGUGGUGAUUCUGUGGUUCCAGGCUCAACAACUCCGCAAGAAUGCAAAGAUCUUGAUGAGUCAACCCUACAUGACUCUGAAAAUAACAUCAGUUAUCAUAAGAAGAAAGUGAAAGAAGCCAUUAAUGUUGACCAAACUGUCGGGGAUGGUUCUUACGAUUUUACUCAUAUUUUUUACUCUGAGAAAGAAAGCGCAACAACCUCCCAAGCAUAUAACGAUGUUGAUGAAUCAGUCCUAUAUGAUGAUUCUGUGGUUCCUAGCUCCGACAACUCUGAGAGUGAAUCUGCCUCAACAACUUCGCAAGAAUGCAAAGAUCUUGAUGAGUCAACCCUACAUGACUCUGAAAAUAACAUCAGUUAUCAUAAGAAAGUGAAAGAAGGCAUUAAUGUUGACCACACUGAAUCACCCCAAAGUAACGAGGAGAGUUAUACGUUUGAGAGUUUAAAAAAAAUCACUAUUCAGAAGUACGAAAAACUCCAUAAAUAUUACCAGGAAAAUCGCCCCUCUUUAAAAUAUAAAGUUGUUGUCGUAUACACCGACACGAAAGGCGAUUUUAAAGUACUAAACUGUAGUUCUAACCGUGAAGCCAACGGCGCAGCUUAUUCAUUGGAAGAUAUAUCAAAAGACCCAUUUCCAGUUGUCUGUAUUAAAAACAAUGAUAAAAGUACAGCUGUAUCAUUAAAGCAAAUGAAAGAGAGCUGUUCUACUAAAGUUGGUCAAAAGGAAACCCCGUCUAUGCGUGGUACACUGCAUAACGUACGUAGUGAAGAACAAGGGGGAUUUCCCUUGUCGUUUAAACUUGAUACUGGUGCAGAUUCCGGCUCUGUUGGUUACAACUAUCAGAUCAUCAAAAACUUUAUAUUAACUGUUGCGCGGACUAUUAACGCCGAACCUGAACCAGCAAUUUUAUGCAAAGUCGAAUCUGAUACAAUUGCCAGAGGUGGUGUCCAAGUAUUUGAUAUAGAUGAAGAUCCCGACUGGAAUGCGAUUGGACUUUCCACUCUUCAGAAUUACGGAAUUUUUUUAAAUUUUAAAAGUGGCAGGGUUGUAAUUGGAAAACACGAUGACGUAACUGUAGACGACUCUGAAAAAGAAGUCCGAGUCACAUUCAAGAAAGCAUGA